AGUACUACUUUUCGUAUAUAUUUAGACUUCAUAUUUAAAUUGAAUCUAAAAAGCACUUAUCGAGCUGAUCUUUUGUAUUUAUGUAGACCUUGAACAGUCCAAAUACAUGCUGUAUAAAUAAGUGAAAAAUAUGGAUAAGCUCUAAAUACUUUCAUUGGUGAGAAAACCGGCCAUUUAUUAUGGGGCACCCGUUAUAUUCGUAACAUAGAUUGAUAUUGAUGAAAGAUAAAAAUAGCAUAUAUCGCUUCUUAUGAUCGAUUUUUCUGCACAAUAUUUAUUUUAGAAUGAAGCGUCAAAGAAUGACGGACUAAAUCUUACUCUAGUUAAGCGUCUGUAAAUGAAUAGCUAUGAAUGUUGUUAAUUAUUUAACUUAAAUUUCAUAUUUUUACUGUGUAACUACUCAUUCUAGCCAACUUUCUUGUCGAAGAGCAUGGUGUUUGUUAUGUUCAGUACUUGCUGUUGGCCUUAUUGUAUCUGCAGUCAUUGGUAUUGUACUUGCAUUCGAACUUGGUGAGCGACUUUACUCUACACUUAAUUUAUACAAUUUUUCUAAAAUUAGGACGUGGUACCACCACAUCGACAACAGUCACAACGGCAACAACAACGACAGCGACAACAACAACGACAACCACAACAACAACAUCAACGACAACAACAUCAACGACAACAACAACCACGACGACAUCAACCACAACAACAACUACUACUACAUCAACGACAACAACAACCACAACCACAUCAACAACAUCAACAACUACAACUACAUCGACAACAACAACAACAACGACAACAACUUCAACAACAACUUCAACAACAUCGACGACAUCCAAAACAACAUCAACAUCAACAACUUCUACUUCGACUUCGUCGACCAGCACUGCAACUACAACAACUACAACAACUACAACUACAACUAGAAGUGCCAACGACGACAGCAACAACUUCACCACCAUGUACUAAAACUCCAAAUGUAGCAGGGGCCAUUUUUAGCUUUUCUACUGCCAGUAUCCCGCUUACUUAUACACGUUACUCAUAUGGAUUCACGGCUUCUGAUUCUUCAUCAACUGUUACAUUUAUUAUAACAGGCGAUAGUGGACCUGGUCAGCACUAUUGGCUCAUUGAUGAUGUGUCUGUGAAUGACACAAGAAACAACACAGAUCUUCUAACCAAUGGUGACUUUGACGAUGGUACUUUUAAUGGUUGGACCCAAUUUUGUGCGACAGAUGCUAAUUGUGGAAAUGGUUUGUACGGCCAACUAACAACCUCUCCUUGUAGAUCUGCACCAAAAUGCUACAUGGAUAAAUGUAAUAACGGUCGUUACUAUGAUUAUUUGUUACAAUCAUUCCAAACUGUGACUGGAAAUUAUUACAUAUUGUCAUUUUAUAUUAGAGGUUACGCCAAUGGGGGUUCUCAUUUGGCAUACGUCAUGCUGCCCUAA